UGUUUUGAGAUUGACGUUGAGGAAGAAAGAGGAGGAAGACGAAGCGUGAAGUUGAAGGGCCAUGAAACGACUGUCGACUGUAUUGAGGAAUCUGCUGCUUCCUGUAUGUUCGGCCAACUCCAAACCCUAAGCACAAAGCAGAAAGACAAACCCACUCACCAAUUUUCUUUAUUUUUAUAUAUAUUUUAGGAAAAGCCAAAUCCAAAGCCACCCACAUUAACCCCACUACUCUCUCAACAGUGAUACCUGUCAUCCUCAAUUGCGACUUUCCACCACUUGCAUUGCAUUCUCUCUUUCUCUCUCUUUCUAUAUAAAUUAGGGUUCUCUUUCCUGUCAAUGACUCAAGUUUCCAACGCUACCGAAGGGGAGGAACAACCCCAGGUUCAGCCUUUGGAGCUUCCCAAAGUGUCCGACAAAACUGAACCCUUGCCUGCUCAGGAGGAGGUUAUGGAAAAGCCUGAUGACGCAAUGGACGAGGACUUGGUCACUCCUGCUACUGUUUUUCGAAUUAAGCUUAAGCAGCCAAGAUCCAAUUUGCAGCAUAAAAUGAGCGUUCCUGAACUCUGUCGCAAUUUUAGUGCUGUUGCUUGGUGUGGCAAGCUGAAUGCUAUUGCCUGUGCAUCCGAGACAUGUGCGAGAAUUCCGAGUUCCAACGCAAACCCACCAUUUUGGAUUCCCAUUCACAUUGUGAUUCCAGAGCGACCGACAGAGUGUGCUGUGUUCAAUGUCAUUGCAGACUCUCCACGUGAUUCUGUUCAAUUUAUUGAAUGGUCCCCAACCUCCUGUCCACGUGCUUUGCUAAUAGCUAAUUUCCAUGGGAGGACAACUAUUUGGACCCAGCCUUCUCGAGGUCCAGCUAACCUUGUUCGGGAUGCUAGCUGCUGGCAGCUUGAGCAUGAAUGGCGACAGGAUAUUGCAGUUGUUACAAAGUGGCUGUCAGGGUUGUCUGCAUAUAGGUGGCUUUCGUCAAAAUCCAACUCAUCAAAUUCCAAGCCAAAUUUUGAGGAAAAGUUUCUUCCACAGCAGUCACAAACGUCAGCUAGGUGGCCAAAUUUUCUUUGCGUUUGUUCGGUUUUCUCUUCAGGCUCUGUUCAACUUCAUUGGUCCCAGUGGCCUCCUAGCCAAAAUAGCUCACCACCAAAAUGGUUCUGCACAAGCAAAGGACUUUUGGGUGCUGGACCAAGUGGAAUCAUGGCUGCUGAUGCUAUCAUCACAGAUAGUGGUGCCAUGCACGUGGCAGGAGUUCCAAUUGUAAAUCCAUCCACUGUUGUUGUCUGGGAGGUUACUCCUGGCCCUGGAAAUGGGUUUCAGGCCACCCCAAAGACAACCACAAACAAUGGGGUCCCUGCCCCACUCAAUCCUCCUAAUUGGUCUGGUUUUGCCCCAUUGGCUGCAUAUCUUUUUAGCUGGCAAGAAUUUUUAUUAUCUGAGUUAAAGCAAGGAAAAAAGCAGACAGAUCAAGAUGUUAAUGAUACUAUUCCACUUCACUGUUCACCAGUUUCUAAUUUUUCUGCAUAUGUCUCCCCUGAGGCUGCAGCUCAAUCUGCCACAACUACUACAUGGGGUUCUGGAGUUACUGCUGUUGCCUUUGACCCAACUCGGGGUGGCUCGGUUAUAGCUAUUGUAAUAGUUGAGGGACAGUACAUGUCUCCUUAUGAUCCGGAUGAAGGUCCUUCAAUUUCUGGGUGGAGAGUGCAACGCUGGGAAUCCUCACUUCAGCCUGUUGUUCUCCAUCAAAUUUUUGGAAAUCCCACUGCCAGCUUCAGUGGUCAGGCACCCACACAAACAGUUUGGUUAUCUAAAGUGGACACGAGUAUUUCACCAACUAGUGAUUUUAAAUCUAAUCAAUCAGCAGUAUCAGGGCCAAACUCUGAUCUGCGGAAGCUGUCUGGGGCUUAUAUUGAUAAGGCAAAAAAAGUUUGUUUUGAUCCAUUUGAUCUUCCCAGUGAUGUCAGAACACUUGCUCGAAUAGUGUAUUCUGCUCAUGGUGGUGAGAUUGCUGUUGCUUUUCUCUGUGGUGGGGUGCAUAUUUUCUCUGGUCCAAACUUCGCUCCUGUUGAGAACUACCAGAUCAAUGUUGGACCAGCCAUUGCUGCCCCUGCUUUUUCUUCCACUAGCUGCUGUUCAGCAUCUGUUUGGCAUGAUGUAAACAAGGACUGCACCAUGUUGAGGAUCAUUCGUGUUCUUCCUCCUGCAGCUCCUAGCAAUCAGCUGAAGGCCAACUCUUCAACUUGGGAGCGUGCAAUUGCUGAAAGAUUUUGGUGGAGCCUUCUUGUUGGUGUUGAUUGGUGGGAUGCUGUUGGCUGUACACAGAGUGCUGCUGAAGAUGGCAUUGUUUCUCCAAAUAGCGUCAUAGCAGUUUUGGAUGCUGAUUUUCAUUCACUUCCUUCUAGCCAGCACAGGCAGCAGUAUGGUCCUAGCUUGGACAGAAUAAAAUGUAGAUUGUUGGAAGGCACUAAUGCCCAAGAAGUCAGGGCAAUGGUUUUAGAUAUGCAAGCAAGGUUGUUGCUGGAUAUGUUGGGUAAAGGAAUUGAAUCUGCUUUAAUAAACCCAUCUGCUUUACUAUCUGAGCCAUGGCAUGCAUCCGGCGAAACAUUAUCUGGCAUUGAUCCUGAAGCAAUGGCUGUAGAACCAGCACUGAUUCCCAGCAUUCAGGCUUAUGUUGAUGCUGUGCUUGAUCUUGCUUCACAUUUCAUUACACGUUUGCGACGUUAUGCUAGUUUCUGCCGCACUUUGGCAAGUCAUGCUGUUACAGCUGGAACUGGUAGCAACCGUAAUAUAGUGGCUAGUCCUACUCCCAGUUCUGCAUCUCCUGCAACAAGCCAAGGUGCUCAAAGCAGUACAACAAGUACUACAGGAAGCACACAGAUGCAAGCUUGGGUACAAGGGGCAAUUGCCAAGAUUAGUAGCACAACUGAUGGGGUUACCAGUUCAACACCAAACCCGAUUAGCGGUUCAUCAACCUUUAUGCCAAUAAGCAUCAACACUGGAACUUUUCCUGGAACCCCAGCUGUUCGACUUAUUGGGGACUGCCAUUUCUUACACCGAUUAUGCCAACUUUUGCUCUUCUGUUUCUUCUUUCGCCGAACUCAGCUUUCCCGUUAUAUUGGUAUUUCUCAAAGAAAUGCUGAUGCAAACAGCCAAAAACCUCAACCUUCCGUUCCUGGAAAAGUGGAGGAGAUCAACUCCAAUUCUGUCAAGCCGGUGCAAAAUAUAAUUAAACCUGAUGAAAGUCAAAUAGUUCGAGCUAGUCAGCUUGUAACUGGAGCUAAAGGUGCUGAAGAAGGGCUUGCUGGUAGGUCGAGAAUCGGUACAGGCAAUGCUGGUCAAGGAUAUACUUCUGAGGAGGUGAAAGUCCUUUUCCUCAUACUUAUAGACCUCUGCCGCCGUACUGCUAGUCUUCCACAUCCAUUACCUGUUUCUCAGGUUGGGAGUAGUAAUAUCCAAGUGCGUCUGCAUUACAUUGAUGGCAACUAUACUGUAUUACCCGAAGUUGUGGAAGCUUCCCUUGGUCCACAUAUGCAGAAUAUGCCUCGGCCUAGAGGUGCAGAUGCUGCUGGUCUGUUGCUACGGGAAUUAGAACUCCACCCUCCAGCUGAAGAAUGGCACAGGCGGAAUAUGUAUGGUGGGCCUUGGUCUGAUGUAGACGAUCUGGGUCCCAAUGACGAUAAUUCUAAGCUUAGUAAUUCAUCAGAUCCACUCGAUCUCAACUCAUUGGAAAAUUGCAAUGUUUAUUAUGGAGCUAAUGGUUUGUGGCCUAGGAAGCGCAGGAUGUCUGAAAGAGAUGCUGCUUUUGGCUUGAAUACGUCCAUUGGCCUUGGAGCAUUCCUAGGUAUAAUGGGAUCUCGUAGAGAUGUUGUGACUGCUGUCUGGAAGACUGGUCUCGAAGGGGUUUGGUAUAAGUGCAUGAGAUGUUUGAGGCAGACAUCGGCUUUUGCUUCACCUGGUGCUACUAAUGAUACUACUCAAAACGAGAGGGAGACUUGGUGGAUUAGCCGGUGGGCUUAUGGAUGCCCAAUGUGUGGUGGAACAUGGGUUCGAGUUGUAUAGUUAUGCAUUCCCACGUACAACCCUGGCUUCAACAAUAGGGUCGCAAUAUGCUCACUUUCGUCCAAUGAUAGUUGCUGUCAUUUAUAAUUUUGCAGACUUUCAGCUACCAUCUGACCAAAUUUUCAAAUCCUUUCCUUAAUGCUGGACUAAGGCUCAAGUUCAUGCAAUCAAAUUGCUUCAUAUGAUAGAGUACGGUUACACUAGCGAUACAAUUACAUGAGAUAGGGAAUACAGUUACACAAGUUGGAGGAUUGACCCUAUCUUUACCUUAUUUGCACUGCAUGUGCUGCCCACCAUAAGUGCGUGGGAAGCUUGACGAGUACCAUUAUCUUGUUCAUAAAAGGCACAUUACAGUGACCAAUAUAACGAGAAGGAUAUCUGGCUUAGAAGGCCAGAAAAGAUUUUUUCCCCCUACGAAACGUAUCUAUCUACCUGAUUCAUUGCCAUCAAAAUGGGGAGGUUUGUGGGUGUGGGACGAAAGGGAAGAAUGCAGUGAGAGGUAGAAACUCAAAAUGGAAGAUGGGUGAAUACUUCUGUUUCAUUGUAGGGAAGUGAAUGACUUUAUUGUUCUUUGAAACUGUUAGAGGAGAGACAUGGAUGCCCAAUUGAAGUUGGCAUUUGUUUGGGGUCCCAUGGUAUGGGAGUGGAAAACGUACAAGGGUUUGUGACCCUUUUUGUAUCAUACUUUUGUUUGAUACCAGGUUUAUGAUUGAGGAUAGGAGGAUUUGAACUUUUGGUAAAAAAUACGGUUUACCUGUCUUCAAUUUUUUUUUCUUUUCUUUCAAUUUUGGGAAAUUUUCAAUUUAUAUAGUUGAAUUUUGUAUUAA